GUGGCGCUGUUAAUUUUUUUUUCUUUAAAAAAAAAGGUUAUAUGUUAUAACAAAGAGUUGUUUACAAUAUUUACCAUUUGUUUUUGCAUUAUAGAUAAUUGAAAAUAACAAAAAAAACUAUUUCAAUUCGUUAAUUGGUAAAUGUAGCCGUUUACGUGUUUAUGUAUACAUAAAAAAUGCUUAAUCAAAGUAAUCAAAAUAUCCAUGCUCCUCUUGACACUUAUGUGCAACCACUUUUAAGUCGAGUUUUAGAAACACAACGAUUUGGUGCUUUCAGACGUCAAAUAACAUUACAUGAUGUUAAAACAAAAGAUGGACUUAAAUCUGAUUGCAUUGAUUUAGUGGUGCCUUAUGCUGAUAUAAGUUUAAAAUGGACUUUACUUUUUGAUUCGGAAUUUCCUGAAUUAGGUCCGGAUUUCAUUUUCAAUGAUGAAUUUCUCUCUAAUCCAGAUGUAAAUACUUUAAUGGAUUAUGUUCCCAGUUUAUAUAAUUGGAAUUACUGCGAUAGUAAUUCAUUACUUCUUGUUUUAAAAGAACUCUUGACGUACUAUAAAAAGAAGCAGAUUGAAUUGAUAAAAUGUCGUUGUCCAGAGAAAUUAAUUUUCGAAUACGAACAAUUAAUACAACUCGUCAAGGAGGAAAAUGUUGAGGUUAUUAUUAAAUCGUCAGAAGUGAAAUUUUUCAUAAGACUUAAAAUUGAUUUCUCAAGAAUUCCUCAAAAAAAUAAAUAUCAUUCACAAAGUGAUGCGGUGAUGCUUUUGGUAACAUUUUCAGGAUCAGAUUAUUCAAAUAUUGUUCCAUCAUUAUUUCUGACAAAAACCAUUGAGAAUAUUCUUGGCAAUCAGGAAAAUCUCACAAUUCCUCCAUAUCCACCAAAUGAAUUAUUAAUUGUAUAUGUUCCCACUAUUGUAGCAUUUUUAAAGGAUAAAGUUGAAGCAUUAAUUUUAAAUUGCAAGAAGAAAUGUGAUUUUAUAGCAACAUUACUAACUGUUUUACGUGGAAGUAUGAUCGAGUAUGAUGCAUUGGAAUUUAAUCAAGCGACAUUUCUCGUUGAAAAAAAGGAUUUUCAUUUUUUUAUACACUUUCGUGUACCAUCAGGAUUUCCACGUGAACGACCGGAAAUUCUAAUGGAAAGCGCUUAUCAUAUGGAUCAAUCGGGUAAAAUGAUAACGCAAACAAUUGUUAAAUAUCCCUACAAUUCACAAGUUGAUUCAUUAACAAUGAUUCAAGCAAUAUUAACUCAUAUCGAAGAAAAAGAAGUUGAACCAUUUCAACAAAUGUGCACGCGAAAAAAUCGAUUUUAAUAUUAUCAGCUCGAUAAAUCUUAUUUUUUAUCAUUCUACCUCAAAUUUUUUUCUUCUAAGUUCUAUUUUUUCAUUUUUUUUAACACAUUCGUAAAGAGAGCACUCGCCUUGACGAAAGAAAAUAAAAAAAAAAAAUUGUUAACGACGAAAAAAGGAGAGAAAUAAAGUCAAUUGACUCAAAUGUAAGAUACAAUUAUAAUUUAUAAAUUUACAUUUACAAGGCUUAUAGUAUUAACUUUAGUUUAAUAUUAAAAUAAACUUACGCAGCAUAACACUAUAUUGGAUAUUCAAUGGCCCACACUUGACCCCCUUGCAUUGUCAAUCAACAAAAUACUUCUCUAAGAGGUAUACACAUGGGUAGAUUAAUAAUAAACAAUUAUUUCGUGCCUAUACUUAUUCAAAAAAUAAUAAUAAUAAUAAUAAUAAUAAUAAUUUUCCAAAAAAAAUAAUUUAACAAAUUGUCGUGGCAAGAAAAAAAAACCAAAAAAAAAUUGUUAUCCACAAAAAUACGCAUAUAUACUAUGUAAAAAAAAAGAAAAUGAAUAAGAGUUGAUUGACCCCGCGAGAUAUAUAUUUAUAUAUCUGAUUAACACUAAUAAAAGAUCUUUUCAAUAAGUGCCCUGCCUUUCGUACUUACAAGAGCUGGUCCUGUUUUCAUUUUUUUUUUUUCUUUUUCACAUACAACGUCCUAAAUAUUUUCAAAUUUGCAUUAUUUUAUUUUUAUUUUCUUUCUUCGUACUUAAGUAACGACUUAUCCGUAAUAUUUAAGUCCUGCUGCUGAUUGAUAAGAUAUUAAUUAUUAGAAAAUAAUAAAAUAAUAAUAAAAGUCGGUCUAUCGAUUUUUUUUUUUUUUUUUUUUUU